GAAACAAACCCUCGCGCCGCAGGCUCUCGCCAAUUCCCCAAUUUUCCCUCCACAAUCGCGCGGUUUCCCCCUCCCGCCGCACAAGCGCAACCCACCCGCGCGCGCCAUGGCCGCCGCCUCUUCCGCCGCCGCGCCCGCCCCCGCCGACACCUACGACAUCCCAUGGGUGGAGAAGUACCGCCCCACCCGCGUGGCGGAUGUCGUCGGCAACUCCGACGCCGUCGCCCGCCUGGAGGUCAUCGCCCGCGACGGCAACAUGCCCAACCUCAUCCUCUCGGGUCCUCCGGGGACUGGGAAGACGACGAGCAUCCUGGCGCUGGCCCACGAGCUGCUUGGGCCCAGCUACCGCGAGGCCGUGCUCGAGCUCAACGCCUCGGACGACAGGGGGCUGGACGUGGUGCGGAACAAGAUCAAGAUGUUUGCGCAGAAGAAGGUCACUCUGCAGCCAGGGCGGCACAAGAUUGUGAUCUUGGAUGAGGCUGACAGCAUGACAUCAGGAGCACAGCAAGCUCUGCGAAGAACAAUGGAGAUUUAUUCCAACACCACUAGAUUUGCACUUGCAUGCAACACCUCAUCUAAGAUAAUAGAACCCAUUCAAAGUCGCUGUGCUAUUGUCAGGUUCUCGAGGCUCUCUGAUCAGGAGAUCCUUGGCCGCCUCAUGAUUGUUGUGGCAGCUGAGAAGGUUCCUUAUGUGCCAGAUGGGCUUGAAGCUAUCAUAUUUACUGCUGACGGUGACAUGAGACAAGCUUUGAACAACCUGCAAGCUACAUUUAGUGGUUUCCGCUUUGUUAAUCAAGAAAAUGUGUUCAAGGUAUGCGAUCAACCACAUCCCUUGCACAUCAAGAACAUGGUGAAAAAUGUGCUCGAUGGAAAGUUUGACGAGGCCUGCUCUGCACUGAAGCAACUUUAUGAUUUGGGAUACUCUCCUACUGACAUUAUCACUACUCUCUUCCGAGUUGUCAAGAACUAUGACAUGGCUGAAUAUCUGAAGCUGGAAAUGCUCAAGGAAACAGGAUUUGCACACAUGAGAAUCUGCGAUGGUGUUGGGUCGUUCCUUCAGCUUUCUGGCCUACUUGCGAAGUUUGCGCUGGUGAGAGAAACUGCAAAAGCUCCUUGAACAAGUCAUGUUGCCGGUGAUAAUGGCGUAUGUCAGCACACCUAGUUAUUUCUGUUAACACUACUGGCAUGCAUGUCUUGUGACUACAGCCGUCAUGUAUCUCAGUCUGUAAGAUAGUACCUUAUGAAGUGAACAACUAUUAGUCUAUCAUGCCUAUCCAGAGUGAAACAUUUAGCUGAGGUGUGCUUCCCAUCCUUGUUC